UUGCUUGGUAAUAAAAUUUACAGUAACAGAAUCGUUUUCUAAUAGUCUCUUGGGCCCCCAAAUUCCAGCUCAAACCUUUACUCAUUUCACGGCAUCUCCUCAUUUCGUCCUCUUUCCGUCUGUCAUUUUUCUUUCUUUUCUUAAUUAACUGCAUUCAUGAACUCAAAUGCUUCACUCUUCCAGUCUAGAUUCACCUUUCUCACACAUUGAAACUGCUAAAUCAUUACAUUUCAAUCUCUUUGACUCCACGACUGCUGCUUAACCUUCUAAUUAUGGGACUCUUAACUGAGUCAUGGUGUUUCUGCAAAGGAGUCUCCAAAACCGAGAGAAUGAAAGAUGCCAUUUUCUCCGGCAAAGGUCCCGCCAUAGCCAGAAUCUCUGCCGCCGGAAAUGGGAUCUCUGGUACCGGUUUCUUGAUCCACCGGAAUCUUCUUUUGACUACUCAUGUUAAUCUACCUUCUGUCGCUGCUGCUGAGACUGCUCGCAUCCGUCUCAAAAACGGCGUCGCCGCAACUCUCGUUCCUUACAGGUUUUUUAUCACAAGCUCAAUCCUAGAUCUUACAAUAGUGGGUUUGGAUUCCAUGGAUGGAGACUCCAAUUCCCAGGGUCAGCAGCCUCAUCCCUUGAAGACCUGUUCUAAAGGAAAUCUGGAUCUGGGAAGUGUUGUCUACCUGCUGGGAUAUGCAGAGAAGGAAGAACUAAUAGUUGGUGAGGGAAAGGUGGUGAUAGCCACGGACAAUCUAAUUAAACUAUCAACCGACGGAAUAAUGUGGAGCCCUGGAUCUGCCGGAUUUGAUGUUCAAGGCAAUCUUGCAUUUAUGAUUUGUGAUCCUAUGAAACUAUCAACAUCCCCUAAUACGAAAUCAUCUUCAAAUUCAUCGUCUUCGUCUUCAUCGUGGAAGAAGGAUACCCCUAUGCAAUUUAGCAUUCCUAUUCCCAUCAUCCUUGAUUGGUUAAACCAGCAUUGGGAAGGCAGCCUUGAUGAACUUACGAAACCAAAACUACCAAUUAUUAGAUUGAUGUCCACAGGCCAGAAGAGCGAAUAUUGUUGUGCUUCCUUUACAAUGAGACAGGUGUUUAAGUCAACAGAAGACAAGGAUGCUUGGGCACCAUCUUCAUCAAAUGUUAUAUCAAAAGUUAGGGAUCAGAAUGGAUCAGGCUGUUCCAAUGCGGUUAGGACUGUCGAGGGAGAAACCUUCAACUCUGAUCCACAUGCUACACAUGUGCAAGGGAUCCCAACUCCAGAAAUAUAUGAAUCGCCUAAGUUGACUUCAGCCCCAAUCCAGAAGAAAGUGAGUGGUCAAAUCCAGCUAUUAGAUAUUAACUUCCCUCGAAAGGUUGCCAAAGCUGCGAUCCAGUUACAGUCAUGCAAACAACUGUCUCUAGACUCUGAUGAGCGUUGUGUCAAAGAACUUCCUCCACAAAGUGAAUUGAGAGGAGAAGACCAAAUCCAGGUCAGAGGUUUGGCCAUUCCUAUUGAAGAUGCUGAUAUUUCCUCAACAGGUUCUGUAAAUGGUGCCCAAUGUGAGGUCCAGUCUAGUUCAUCUCCGAUAGAAGCUUCAGAGAUACAUAACGGAUAUAGCAGCGAGGGAGAGACAACAAUGUACUCGGCAGAAACUGCUGAGAGUCGAAACUAUACAAGUCCUAGAGAAGGGAGAUUUCAGCAAGUGGGAAGGAGCCAAAGUUGUGUAAGUUAUAAUAGAUUGGGAACAGCUCAAAGGAACCUAGUGGCACGCCGGACAAUGCUGGAAAAGCAGAGAAGCUUCAUCCAUGGAAAGAAGAUGCAUUCACAAGGAGCAACUUCCCAUAGGAGUAAUGACUACUACACCCCAACAGUCUCUUCAAUCAUGAAGAAGCGAAACAACUCAGAGCAUAGCAGAGCUCGCCAAAGUGUUGUUCAUUCAUCUCCGAGAUGGAUGCUCUGAAUCAUUAUUCUCUGUGAGUUUCAUACCCAAACAAGGCCAACAAGAAAUAUAUAUAUAUAUAAAUUUCCCUUUUAUUACAGCUCUUUUAUUCUUGCUCAAUUUACACAAGAGUGUAUCUAAUUUGUUGUGACUUUGUGCAGACCGAUUGAAGAUGAAUAAAAAGAUUCACCCAGGUGAUUGUUGUUUGGGUUGAACAGUCAUUUAGGAUCCA